GAGCGGUGGCGCGGCGGGCGGUAGGUGGAGUAACCCCGGGACCUGGACGGGAGCCUGGCGGGCUCAACCCCGACGAGCGGCUUGGGCAUGGCUGUGUGGGUUUGGGGGGGCCGCCUUGGCCUCCGCGGGUGCCUCGCGGCCGGCAGGCUACUUUGUCCCCGUUUCCAGAGCCGCGGUUCCCCGGGCAUAGAAGACGGGGACAGGCCACAGCCUCCCUCGAAGACACCCAAGAUCCCCAAGAUUUACACCAAAACAGGAGACAAAGGGUUUUCUAGCACCUUCACUGGAGAAAGGAGGCCCAAAGACGACCAGGUGUUCGAAGCCUUGGGAACUACAGAUGAAUUAAGUUCAGCCAUUGGGUUUGCUAUGGAAUUAAUUGCGGAAAAGGGCCACCCGUUUGCUGAGGAGCUUGAGAAGAUCCAGUGCUCCCUGCAGGACGUUGGCUCCGCCCUGGCGACACCCCGCUCCUCCGCCCGGGAGACUCACUUAAGACGCACCACAUUUGAGUCGGGGCGCGUCCUGGAGCUGGAGCAGUGGAUCGACAAGUACUCCGGCCAGCUCCCCCCUCUCACGGCUUUCAUUCUGCCUUCGGGCGGCAAGAGCAGCGCUGCACUGCACUUCUGUCGGGCCGUGUGCCGGCGGGCUGAGAGACGCGUGGCGCCUCUUGUCCAGAUGGGUGAGACGGAUGCAAACGUGGCCAAGUUCUUAAACAGACUCAGCGACUAUCUCUUCACGCUAGCCAGGUAUGCAGCCAUGAAGGAGGGGAAUCAAGAGAAAAUAUACAAGAAAAGUGACCCUUCGGACUGAACCCGAGGCGCUUGGGAACAAUGGAAAGGGGAGCCUUGUGGACCCUCCGGGGUGGCCACCAGGGAAGAGGAGUUUGCCUUGUCCUGGUUCCCGAAGGCCUCGCCUCAGGGCUGGACCAGGGUCUUUUGUCCGUGCUCAGCUGCCUCCAGACCCCCUGCCACUGCCCUCGGGGGCAGCGGCUGCUGGAGAAAUCUGCCCGCCAGGCUCUCCUUGGUCUUCUCGGGACUGGGUUCACCUGCAGAAAGGAGGGCGAAGUGAUUGCUGUAAUGAGAAGGACGCACAUAAAGAAUAAAAGUGGGAAAGGCUUGAA